AUGCCAAUUACCAUGAUGCCAAGUGUUGCUUUCUCCCCUGCAGACUUGCUCGGAAUUUUCUGUUUGUCUUUUGGAUUACGAUUCAUACAACGAAGGUCAAAGGAAUUGCUUCCUUUUGUUUAUGAUAAUUCUGAUAAGAUGAUGAACUUUGAGCAGAAUGAAAAUGAGGAAGCUAAUCAAAAUUCAGAGCAGGGUAGCGUAGCCGCACGUCACAUUGGGCAAGCGGCAUCGGCAUUACCGGGGCAAAAAUGGUACAAAUGUGCGUAUUGCAAUGGAGGGUUCAGCCGUGCGCAGGCGCUGGGCGGUCAUAUGAACGUCCAUCGUCGAGAACGAGCUCUGCGCAGCCGAUCUUCAAAAGCAGCAUGUGACCGGGGGCCUCAUUCGUCCUCUCCGCUAUCUUCGUUAACACUUCCAUUUGAUCAGUCCGUUUGGUCUUCAUUACUCCCCCAGCUGUGCACAGGACUCAAUAGACAAAAAUAUAUUGGGGAGAAGGUUUGUGAUAGGAUUCAUUUGAAAGCCUACAGUGAAUUGUCUCAUGGAAAAACCCAAAUAAAAUUUAAUGGCGGUGAGAUGGGUUCCUCGGAGGAUGAUGAGGAAGUCGACUUAGAACUUCGUCUUGGACAAAAACCCCAUAAAAAAAUGAGACUUGAUUUACCAUAUUUCACCAUUCUUUGA